GCUGUAACGGGAGAGCCGUGGGUGGGGAGGGGUGGCGGUGAGAGGAAGGUUUGGCAGAGAUUCCUGGGGAGCGCGCAAAGGCGCGCCAGCGUUCUGGAGAACGCGGGGCUCACUCACUCCAUUGGGAAGAGAGCGAAGAAAGGAGCGAGCGCGCGCGUGCACACACACACGCACACAGACCCAGACACACACAUUCACGAAGAGCCACUGGAGAGGAAGCCGAGCGCCCGGGCGCACGCUAAAGCGCACUCACACAUUCCCAGCAGUUCUAUUUUCUCUCACGCACGCGAGCGCACACACACACACAGACACACAUACUGACCCGCACGCACUCACAUACAAACUCGGGCGCGCAUGCACUCACCCGCACGCAUAGAGAUACAGUAACUCUCUCUCUCUCUCUCUCUCUCUUCCCGCGCUUCACCCAGACCUUCGUCACUCUCUUCUUUUCUUUCGACGGAGUCCUGCUUCUUCCCUUCGAAACAGCUAUUCGCCAUCCUUGGCCAAGGAGAAAAAAAAGAAAGAGCGGGCGAGAGAUUCAUUUCCCCCCAUUCCUCAGUUGCGGCUCUUCGCUCAGGUAUUUGAGAGCCGGAGGAGGAAGGAAGGAGAAGGAGAAAAAGAAGAAGAAGAGAGAGAAGGGAGGCGAAGAGAGGAAAGGGAGUAAGCGGUCUUACCACAGCCAAGAGCCAAAGCCCGCCAACAAAUCUGCAGUAGGGCAAGUGGAUCUCUUUUGAGUUUGCCUUCUGGUUCGCCCCUUUCGCCUGGUUUCUCUGCUGUAGGGUUUAGACUGUUUUCAAGUAAAAGAAAACAAGUGAGCUGCUGUUAAAAAAAAAAAAAAAAACAAGUCCGUUUUAUCCCUUUCCCUUUUUUCCCCCUGCAGUGUCCGUCCCCCAUCUUAAUCCGGUUUGGGUUUUUUUUUUAAUUUCCCCUCCCUCCCUCCCUCCCUCACUUUAUCUUUGGUUCGAUUUUAUAGAUCUGGAAGAAACGCUUUGACCGGAACCGAGUGCCUCUAACCCCCCUCCCCCUCCAAAAAAAUCCCAGCAUUUUAAUUUUUAUCCCGCCCCCACCUCUCUUCUGCUUUUGAUUUUGAAUGCCAGCUGAGGAAAAUGGGCAACGAUGCUUCCGCCAGAAGGGGAAUGUCUCCGUGCCUCUUUUUGGGACAUGUGCUGGUGGUGCUAAGAUCUUCUUAGAGACAUAGCUGCCUGCUUUCGGAGUGGAAGGCCAAAUGACAUAGGAUGAAGGCUGUUCGUAAUUUGCUGAUUUAUAUAUUUUCCACCUAUCUCCUGGUUAUGUUUGGAUUUAAUGCUGCCCAAGACUUCUGGUGUUCAACGCUGGUGAAGGGGGUCAUUUAUGGAUCGUAUUCUCUAAGUGAAAUGUUUCCCAAAAACUUUACCAACUGCACAUGGACGCUGGAAAACCCAGAUCCAACCAAAUAUAGCAUUUACCUGAAAUUUUCCAAAAAGGACUUCACUUGCUCUAAUUUUUCCUUGCUGGCUUAUCAGUUUGAUCAUUUUUCUCAUGAAAAAAUUAAGGAUCUCUUAAAGAAUAAUCAUUCUAUAAUGCAGCUGUGUGAUUCCAAGAAUGCUUUUGUAUUUCUGCAAUAUGAUAAGAAUUUCAUUCAGAUACGUCGGGUCUACCCCUUUGAUUUCAUAGGAUUAUACAAAAAGGAAGAUGAUAAAAAGUCUUUCUUUGAAUUUUUGGUUUUGAACAAGGUGAGCCCAAGCCAGUUUGGUUGCCAUGUAUUAUGCACUUGGCUGGAGAGCUGCUUGAAAUCUGAGAAUGGGAGAACCGAGUCCUGUGGGAUCAUGUAUACAAAAUGCACCUGCCCUCAGCAUUUAGGAGAAGAAGGGGGAAAUGACCAUUCCAUGGUGUUGCUCAAUAAUGUCGUAUUGCCGCUGAAUGAGCAGACAGAAGGUUGUCUCACCCAGGAACUGCAGACCACCCAGGUCUGCAAUCUCACACGAGAAGCCAAGCGGCCACCAAAGGAAGAAUUUGGAAUGAUGGGAGAUCAUACAAUUAAAAGUCAGCGACCUCGAUCUGUUCAUGAAAAAAGGGUCCCUCAGGAACAAGCUGAUGCUGCUAAAUUUAUGGCACAAACUGGUGAAUCUGGUGCUGAAGAGUGGGCCCAGUGGAGUACAUGUUCAGUUACUUGUGGUCAAGGGUCGCAGGUGCGAACCAGAACUUGUGUAUCACCUUACGGGACACACUGCAGCGGCCCUUUAAGAGAAUCAAGGGUUUGCAAUAACACUGCCCUCUGUCCAGUACAUGGAGUUUGGGAGGAAUGGUCACCUUGGAGUUUGUGCUCAUUCACAUGUGGUCGAGGCCAAAGAACUAGGACAAGGUCAUGUAUACCUCCUCAGUAUGGGGGAAGAUCGUGUGAUGGACCUGAGACACAGCAUAAGCCUUGCAAUAUUGCUCUGUGCCCUGUUGAUGGACAGUGGCAAGAGUGGAGUACUUGGAGUCAGUGCUCGGUGACUUGCUCCAAUGGCACGCAGCAGCGAAGUCGACAAUGUACAGCAGCAGCACACGGAGGCUCUGAGUGCAGAGGUCCAUGGGCAGAAAGCAGGGAAUGUUACAACUCUGAAUGUACAGCUAAUGGUCAGUGGAAUCACUGGGGCCACUGGAGUGGAUGUUCCAAGUCUUGUGAUGGUGGCUGGGAGAAGAGAAUAAGGAUAUGCCAAGGUGCAGCUACUACUGGGCAACAGUGUGAAGGAAGCGGAGAUGAGGUUAGACGGUGUAGUGAACAGCGAUGCCCAGCACCUUAUGAAAUAUGUCCGGAGGAUUAUUUGAUAUCAAUGGUUUGGAAAAGGACGCCAGCAGGGGAUAUGGCAUUUAAUCGAUGCCCUCUUAAUGCUACAGGUACCACUAGCAGGCGCUGCUCUCUCAGCCUUCACGGAGUGGCCUUCUGGGAACAGCCGAGCUUUGCUAGAUGCAUAUCAAAUGAGUACAAACACUUGCAGCAUUCAAUUAAAGAACAUCUUGCGAAAGGACAGAGGACACUGGCUGGUGAAGGAAUGUCUCAGGUGACAAAGACUCUCUUGGAUUUAACUCAGAGGAAGAAUUUUUACGCAGGGGAUCUUUUAGUUUCUGUGGAAAUUCUCAGAAAUGUUACAGAUACAUUCAAGAGAGCAAGUUAUAUCCCUGCAUCAGAUGGUGUUCAGAACUUCUUUCAAAUAGUUAGCAACCUUCUGGAUGAAGAAAACAAAGAAAAAUGGGAAGACGCACAGCAGAUCUACCAAGGCUCCAUAGAACUAAUGCAGGUGAUUGAAGAUUUUAUACACAUUGUUGGAAUGGGGAUGAUGGACUUUCAGAAUUCGUACUUAAUGACUGGAAAUGUAGUGGCCAGCAUUCAGAAGCUUCCUGCAGCAUCUGUUCUAACAGACAUCAAUUUCCCCAUGAGAGGAAGGAAAGGAAUGGUUGACUGGGCCCGAAACUCAGAAGAUAGGGUUGUCAUUCCCAAAAGUAUCUUCACCCCCAUGUCAACAGAACUAGAUGAAUCCACCGUGUUUGUACUUGGAGCAGUAUUGUACAAAAAUUUAGAGCUUAUUUUGCCUACCUUAAGAAAUUAUACAGUUAUUAACUCCAAAAUCAUUGUGGUCACCAUACGGCCUGAGCCCAGAACAUCAGAUUCCUUUCUAGAGAUAGAGUUAGCUCACCUGGCAAACGGCACGUUGAAUCCCUAUUGCGCAUUAUGGGAUGACUCCAGAAUGAACGACUCUUUGGGAACCUGGUCCACCCAGGGAUGUAAAACUGUGCUUACCGAUGCAUCCCAUACAAAAUGCUUAUGUGAUCGUCUCUCUACCUUCGCCAUUUUGGCUCAGCAACCUAGAGAAAUAAUCAUGGAAUCAUCUGGUGCUCCCUCAGUAACCCUAAUAGUAGGCAGUGGCCUUUCAUGCUUGGCUUUGAUCACCCUAGCAGUUGUCUAUGCAGCACUAUGGAGGUACAUCAGAUCUGAGAGGUCCAUAAUCCUAAUUAAUUUCUGCCUAUCUAUUAUAUCAUCAAAUAUUCUCAUAUUGGUUGGACAAACACAGACACAUAAUAAGAACAUUUGUACCACGACCACUGCAUUUUUACAUUUCUUCUUCUUAGCUUCCUUUUGUUGGGUUUUGACCGAAGCGUGGCAGUCAUACAUGGCUGUCACUGGAAAAAUUAGGACACGGCUCAUAAGGAAGCGCUUUUUAUGCCUUGGAUGGGGUUUACCAGCAUUGGUCGUGGCCAUAUCAAUAGGUUUUACCAAGACUAAAGGCUAUGGAACCACUCAAUAUUGCUGGCUAUCUCUUGAAGGUGGACUUCUCUAUGCUUUUGUUGGACCUGCAGCUGCUGUUGUCCUGGUCAACAUGGUGAUUGGCAUCCUUGUGUUUAAUAAACUAGUUUCCAGAGAUGGAAUCCUAGAUAAAAAACUCAAACACAGAGCAGGUCAGAUGAGUGAGCCUCAUAGCGGUUUGACGCUCAAAUGUGCCAAGUGUGGAGUAGUUUCAACAACAGCUUUGUCAGCCACCACCGCCAGUAAUGCCAUGGCAUCGCUGUGGAGUUCCUGUGUUGUUCUACCUCUCCUGGCUCUCACUUGGAUGUCUGCAGUUUUGGCAAUGACUGACAAGCGGUCCAUUUUAUUUCAGAUACUCUUUGCUGUAUUUGAUUCAUUGCAAGGGUUGGUCAUUGUCAUGGUUCACUGCAUUCUCCGAAGGGAGGUUCAAGAUGCAUUUAGAUGUCGUUUGAGAAACUGCCAAGAUCCAAUCAAUGCAGAUUCAUCAAGUUCAUUUCCUAAUGGACAUGCUCAAAUCAUGACAGAUUUUGAAAAAGAUGUGGACAUUGCUUGUCGGUCAGUUCUCCAUAAGGAUAUUGGGCCGUGCCGAGCAGCUACGAUAACAGGCACCCUAUCUAGAAUCUCCCUAAAUGAUGAUGAAGAUGAGAAGACAGUCAACCCUGAAGGAAUGAACUAUUCCACAUUGCCCGGGAAUAUAAUUUCUAAAGUGAUCAUUCAGCAAUCGGGAGGCAUGCAUAUGCCCAUGAGCAUGAGUGAAUUAGCUAACCAGUGUCUUAAAAAAGACAACACUGAGCUACGGCGAACUGUCUAUUUAUGUACUGAUGACAACCUGAGAGGUGCAGACAUGGAUGUAGUCCACCCUCAGGAUCGCAUGAUGGAUAGUGACUACAUUGUCAUGCCCAGAGGUUCAGUGAACACACAGGCAUCUUUGAAGGAUGACAGCAAGUUGAAUAUAGGCAUGGAGACCUUGCCUCAUGAAAGGCUUUUGCACUACAAAGUUAAUCCUGAUUUUAGUAUGAACCCAAAUGUAAUGGACCAGUUCAAUAUGAGUUUAGAUCAACAUCUCCCCACCCAGGAACACAUGCAGAACUUGCCUUUUGAACCUCGCACAGCUGUAAAGAAUUUCAUAGCUUCUGAGAUGGACGAUAGCACAGGACUAGCAAGAAGCGAAACUGGAUCAACCAUAUCAAUGAGUUCUUUGGAGAGGAGAAAAUCACGUUAUUCUGACCUCGACUUUGAAAAGGUCAUGCAUACGAGGAAGAGACACAUGGAACUGUUUCAAGAAUUAAAUCAGAAAUUUCAGACACUAGACAGAUUUAGAGAUGUACCAAAAUCAGGAAGUAUGGAAAAUCCAGCAGGAAGCAGCAAGAGUCCCUGGGACAGUUUCAAAACCCCAAGCGAUUACCAACAUUAUACCACCAUCAACGUAUUAGAUUCAGAAGCAAAAGAUGCUUUAGAACUAAGACCAGCAGAAUGGGAAAAAUGUCUGAACUUGCCUUUAGACGUACAAGAAGGUGAUUUUCAAACCGAGGUUUAAUGACAGGUGAAAUAAACUGAGGCGCAAAGCUUAUCCUAGAAUCAUUUUGUUUGCACUGACGUUCCAGAGACGUUGGAAAGCCUGACCCAGCCUGUUUGGACACCAUGGCUAAGGCAUAUCAGCACCUUCCUGGGCCAGAAGUCAGUGGGUUUUCUUGUCACACAAUCGAUUUCCACUAGCCAACCUAGUGGAGGCCCCAAGGUGUACAAUUCUUACCAUCGUGUCUUGUAAGUACCCGUGGAAUGGAUUUGUAAGGUCAAUCUUUAUAGAUAAACCUCAGACAACGGUUCAUGUUGUAACAGCUUCAUUUGGUUUAGUUUUCAAAAAACUUCACCAUGAAGCACAAUGUAUAUAUUUAUGCAGUUUUUAAAGUUUAUAACAGUCUGUUUGGCCAUUACUACACUUUUUACUUUAUAAUAUAAAAAAAAGAAGAAGAGGAGGAGGAGGAGAAGGAAGAAGAAGCAAAAGAAGAAGAGGAAGAAGAAGAGGAAGCAGAGGAAAGCAAAGUUUUGUUGUCAUUAAAUGAAUGUCUGUUGAGCUACAUUCUUCAUUGCUUUAAAUGCAAUAAAGUAAUAAUCUCACUUUUAUAUGAAUAAUAUAUUUCACAUCUUUAUUAUUGCAGUUUUCUCUGGGAAGCUCGGAAUAGCUUUUCCUGCUGCAGCUGUGUAUAAAAUAUUUAAAAUGUUGUAUGGUGUAAAUAAACUUUUGUCUACAUAUCAGUA